AUGAAGGCAGCAAACACCGAGCAAGUGUGCAGCCCAAUGAGAGCUGUAAAGGCUGAAGUUAUGGACAGCCCAAUAAGGGCUGUAAAGGCUGAAGAAGUGGACAGCCCAAUGAGGGCUGUAAAUGCUGAACAAGUGGACAGCCCAAUCAUGGUUGAGAAGGCUGAAUUGUACAACCCAAUUAGGGCUGUGAAGGCUGCAGUGUACAACCCAAUCAGGGCUGUAAAGGACUGCAUAGAGGCCCCAAAGAAAAGACAGCCAACUGAUGGGGAAGAGCCAAUGGAAAAGAAGAAAAUAAAGCUGGAAAAAAUCUGA